CGUUUGCAGCGUUACGCCGAUAACACACUGGGCAUCCCGAGACUGAGUUUAUCAAGAGAUCAGCGUUUUUAUAUUAUCUCUCUCUCGUCAAUUUAAUGCAAUUCGUUUUCUCACACGCGUCUGUCGUGUCUGAACGGCUCGCAUUAUACUGAUACAUACGUGACACUUGAUAGACGCCGAUCUCGCCUUACGUCAAGUUUUGACCGCGCCGAUCGUCGAAGGCUGCACGAUGAAGUUCCUGGUGAAGUACUACGAUUUCCUGAACGUCAAGUUCUCCACGGUGAGUAGGCGAUCCAAAGAACACGCGACAGAAGAGAAGGGAAGGAGUCCUGGAACAUUGCACAAGGAUGUCGGCGGUGCUGGUACGAAGGUCAGCGAGAAAACCGUCGGUGGCGUCGGCACGGCGACCCUCACCACACUCUCCUCCAUUAAUAACGCAUCCAACACCGGUCGUAACAAAAACAAUCCCGUAUCUCACGAGAAAUUGCCGUCUUUCUUCAACAGCAAGCCGACGCGAGUGGACAAGUCGGACAACAACAAUGCGAACAAUUCCAACAGCACGAGCAACAACAUUCACAAUAUGCCGCUGCAUGAAUCCAUCAGCGCUACUUCUCCCGAAGUAUACGCCGGGAGACUGCCCAAGCCCCAGGAGGCGGUGAAGUAUUACGGCUCCAGACUGACGGAAUUCGAGCGCGCCGAGAUCGAGAAGUACUCGGAAAUCUGGUAUCUGGGUCUGUCGGCUCACAAGAUCCACGGCGAGGAGGUCUCCUCCCAGAACGGCGGCUACGACGACGAGAACGGCAGUUACAACAAGGUCCUGCACGAUCAUAUCUCCUACAGAUAUGAGAUCCUGGAGGUGAUUGGUAAGGGAAGCUUCGGUCAAGUGAUCCGAGCGCUGGAUCACAAAACGGGACAGCACAUCGCUAUCAAGAUCAUCAGAAACAAGAAGAGGUUCCAUCAUCAGGCUCUCAUCGAAGUGAGAAUCUUGGAGCAUCUCAGAAAGAAGGACUUGGAGGCGAACUCGCAGCACAAUGUGAUACACAUGCUAGAAUAUUUUUACUUCAGGAAUCACCUGUGCAUCAGUUUCGAAUUAAUGAGCUUGAAUCUGUAUGAGCUAAUCAAAAAGAACAAUUAUCAAGGAUUCAGCCUGAGCCUAAUCCGUCGUUUCGCCAACUCGCUAAUUAGUUGCCUGAGACUGCUCUACCGAGAGAACAUCAUUCACUGCGACUUGAAACCGGAAAACGUGCUGUUGAAACAACGGGGGAGCAGCUCGAUCAAAGUCAUCGAUUUCGGCUCGUCGUGUUACAGCCAUCAGCGCGUCUACACCUACAUACAGUCGAGGUUUUACAGAAGUCCGGAAGUGAUUCUUGGUCUUCCCUACGGUACGCCGAUCGAUAUGUGGAGCCUGGGCUGUAUCUUGGCUGAGCUGUACACAGGAUACCCGCUGUUUCCGGGCGAGGACGAGAUAGAACAGCUCGCCUGCAUUAUGGAGGUUCUUGGUCUGCCCCCGGAGCACAUUAUUAAUCACGCGACUCGUCGCAGGCUCUUCUUUGAUCAAAAGGGAAGCCCGCGAUGCGUGACAAACAGCAAAGGCAAGAAGAGAUGGGCAGGUAGCAAGAACCUCUCAUUGGCUCUUCGGUGCUCCGACAUGCUUUUCGUGAACUUUGUUAGCAGAUGCCUCGAGUGGGAUCCAAAGAAGCGUAUGACUCCCGACGAGGCAAUGCGUCAUGAGUGGCUGACUUCGUCGUCUUCUUCGCAUGUGAGCUCCUCUUCGUCGGCGAUAGCCUCGUCGACAGUGAAUGCGAGCGCGAAUACGACGACAACAAAUGUCGAGACGUCGCGGGAAUCUGCGCACGCUCCGCAGACGGUGAGCGUGACUGUGAGUGCGCCGCGGCAACGGGCGACUACGAUGGAGGACCCGCCGUACACGAUGUAUCGGUUGUACAAGGGUCGCAAGUAUGUGCAGAAAGUCUCCACGGGCACCGACGGAACCGACAAUGGCGGUGGCCUGAUGGUGAAGAGCAAGCUGAACGGCAGCGCGAGCAGUCACGCCUUGGCGAGCAGUACGCAAACAGCUACAUCGAGGCACGCGUCGACCGGCGACAUUGUUGCGAGUCUGGAUCCGAAUCUCGACGACUCAGGCACGUUCCUGCCGCCGAUAUUGUGAAGUCGGGUUUGCGCCAGCCACUUUUAAACGCGCUCUACUCGCGUAUCGACGUGAUCGGCAGACUCGCUCUUGCAUGGACUGCUGCGGGAGGCGCAUAGACGCGUAUCGUUUGAUCUACGUCAAGAGUGGACGCGAUUGAAUUGAAGGCGCGUAUAGAACUGGCUGGCCGGUCCCGACGUUACCGUUUCUCGAUGCCAAACGGCUAGUUAAACGCAGAGUCGCUAGUCUCGGCUAGUAUCGAGCUAUGAGGCCAAAAUGACGAUCUGACGAUGGGAGAAGAGCGCGCGGGCAUGACGAAACAAUAUAGCGAUCGCGUGAUCGAUUCGCGCGCUCCCGGGGACUCUGGCGAUCCAAUGUCACUCAGGUAAUCGUAACGAACUCGCGCGCGCGCGCAUUAUCGUAGUUACUCGCGAAACACGUAGACUCGCUGCCUACGACGAGGAUACUAGCAAUCAUUAGCAAAUACUGAUACGUUUCGAUAUGGACCAUCGUACCUAUCUAGUUUAAAUGUUUAUCUCGUGCUUUGCUCUACGAAGCACACGACGUUAACAGAUAAUGAAAUCGUAGAUGUAAACGAAAAUUACAAUUCAAAGUUCGCGUAGAACGCGUAGUUUGCCUUGCUGUCGAUCCGCCGUGAGCGAUGAUUCAUCGUCAGACUGCGUUUCCGGUAAAAGAAAAAAAAAAGAAAGCUCGAACGAGUGAAUUUGGAAAGUAUAUAAUAAGCGUCAUACUUUAGAUAACUACGCGAGUGCAAGCGGCGCGAUACGGUGCGCGUAUCGUUGAUACAUGUAUCGUGGCAACGAAAUAUGUAGAAAAGAGAGAAGCUCGUGGCGAAGUAUAUUAUGGUUAAACAACGAUUCACCCGACGUCGCGUAACGUCAGGGAUUACCAUCGAAUUACGGUCGCGUCGAGAAGACCUGAGUCGUCCGAGACCUGUGUCGCCAACACAGGGUCGCGCGAUUAAUAACGAAGCGUCAAGGCGAGGAGUAACAUUAAUAUGUGAAGCGUGCCCCAGUUUAACGAGGCCUGAGUAGUCUUAUUGUGAUAUUAAACUACCACUGUCUUACUUAGAUCUCUCUGAUGAUAUUAAGAAGUAACGAUCGCUAAUAUAAUAAUUU